AUGCUCACAGCGACUCUUACACGUCAUGUUAAGCCAAUCGUUCCGCUAGGACUUUACAUCAAUUCUGCACGUGCCCAACACUUUUUGGCAAAUGUACCACUAAAGAGACGAGGUGCAGAUAAAGUUUCUGUUGAUGAUUUAAAGGGGAAGAUGCUGCUACUUUACUUCUCUGCUGGAUGGUGCAGGUCGUGCAGAAUGUUCACACCAAAACUCAAAAAAUUCUACGAAGAAUUGGACGACGUAGAACGCAAGAAUGUAGAUGUGGUUUGGGUGUCACGCGAUAAAGAACCAGCAGACCAGCUGGAAUACUACGAGAAGGCCAUGCCUGCUUGGUGUUACGUUCCAUUCGGUGACCCUAACAUUGCAGGCCUCCUUGAGAAGUAUGGUGUAAAGGUUAUUCCCGCUCUGAAAAUGGUCAACGACAAGGGUAAAGUUCUUAGCGAAACCGUGCGUGCGGAUGUCGAGAGUUGCGUGAAAGGAGAUGCUAUGAAGUGCUACAAAAAGUGGAAAGAAAUGUAUUGA